AUGCCCCAAGCGGCUGGGGCAGAGGAGGAGACCAAUGUCCGCGUCGCGGCUCGGGUGCGGCCUUUGCUGGCGCGCGACACAGCACAGAACUACUGCAGCUGCAUCACUGCCCAGCCUGGCACCAACCAACUUGUAGUCGGCACUCGGAGAGGCUUCACGUUCGACUUGGUUUUUGACACCGAUGCCAGCCAGUCAUCCGUGUACGUGGGAUGCGUGUCCCAAUUGCUCGAGGGGAGCAUGCAAGGCUACAAUGCCACUGUCCUCGCAUAUGGGCAGACAGGAUCUGGCAAAACCCACACAAUGGGAACUGGCCAGCCAGUUCCUGAAGGAAGUGAUGAGGAAGGCAUUGUUCCGAAGGUGAUUCGCAACAGCUUCCAUCAUAUCGAGAAGCACAAGGGCAGUGUUGACUUCAAGGUGUCCUGCUGCUACCUUGAGAUAUACAAUGAGGACAUCCGAGACUUACUGCAGCCAGGAGGACACAAGGGCCACAUUGCAAUUCGGGAGGAUGCAACUGGCGGGAUCAAGGUCACCGGCAUCCACGCAGAGACAUGCUCCUCAGCAGAGGAGAUGUUCCGCUGCCUCAGCGAUGGCUCCGUCCAGCGGACCACAGGGGCCACGCUCAUGAACGAGCAAAGCUCCAGGUCACACUCCAUUUUCACCUUGAUCUUGGAGCAACGGCGGCGCUUGACGAACGGAGGAGGUGAGGGGAGCGAGGAAGAUUACGUGACCGCCAAGUUUCACUUGGUGGAUUUGGCUGGCUCGGAGCGUGCUAAGCGUACGGGUGCAGUUGGCAGCCGCUUCAAGGAGAGUGUGGCAAUCAACUCGGGCUUGCUGGCAUUGGGGAAUGUAAUUUCAGCACUUGGGGAUCCUGCAAAGAGAGGCAGUCAUGUGCCGUACCGGGAGUCCAAGCUGACAAGGCUGCUGCAAGACAGCUUGGGAGGCAACUCCCGCACAGUCAUGAUCGCUUGCGUCAGUUGUGCGGACAUCGACUUUGAGGAAACUCUGAACACACUCAAGUAUGCCCACCGAGCGCGGAACAUCAAGAAUAAGCCGGUUGUAAAUCAUGAUCCUCGCACGGCUCAGCUGGCCGCAAUGCAGGAUGAAAUCGAUGCUUUGCGAGAGCAGCUGCAGCGAGCGAAUGAAGGCAACAUCGGACUGGUUGGAGGUGGGAUCCCUGCUCCCAGCAGUGAGGAGCUCGUGGAGAUGGCUGCGAAGCUCGAGGCGGCGGAAGUCCGGUCCUCCGAGUUGGCCGAGCGGCUCGAAGCCACGGAAGCAGAAAGCGAUCAAUUCCAGAAAUGCCUGGCAGAUGUGUAUGCAGCAGUUUGCCAGAACCUGCCAGCUAUUUUCCAGGCGAGUGAGGCGCCUGGGCCAGGGAGACCAGCUGUACGGGCUGUCUGCGAAGUGCUGUCUGCCGCGCAGCGGCUCCUCAGUGAAGCGGAGUUGGCAACGAGCGGUUUGGCCUCGGGCAUAGGCCCCGACACACAGCUGCCCAUUCCGCCCUUUCACUUGAUUCAGGAGCGCGCCCCCGAGUUGACUUCUGGAUGCGGUGAUGCUAGCACGCCGGGCACUGCCCUUUCUUGCACUGCACCAUCGUUGGGGGAGCCGCACAAGCUGUUGUCGCGAUCGGAGAUGCGGAAGGACUCUAAGCCGUUAAUCCGAAAGUACCUGGACCAAAUCAACCGGCUGGAGGAUGAGAUGGCAUGGUACAGGAGGCGCACCAAGCAGCUACAAGAGGAGCUUAAAGAGGCAAGGGAUGACCUGCAGAAAGAUGAAGAAAUUUUCGAGGAGAAAAUGAAGGAAAUGAAGGAUUUGCAAGCCAGAAAUGCCACCCUCGAACAAGAGCUGAAGGAGAAGUCGAGCCCAAUGCGAAAGGAGCCCAGCCUGUAUGCAAUUCAGCUCAGCGAGACGGACGAUGCAUCCAUUGCAGGGGUUCAUACUCCUGUGGCCGUGCCUGACGAGACGGAUGCAGAAUCCAAACCUCCAGAUUUGCAGGACACGCGCACGUCGCAGCAGCAUCUGCGAGACCAGCUGCAGUCACUCUCGCAGAACGUGCUGCUCAAGGAAGACCUGAUCGAUGAGCUCACCCGCAGUGAGCGCGAGUGGGGUGUCGCACGGAAGCAGUACCAAGCGCGCAUGGAGCAGCUCCAGUCGGAGUUAGAAGAGACCCAGCGCCAGCUUGACACCGUGAAGGUGCGAUUGCAAGAGUCUGAGAAGCUGGAAGAACAAGCUAGGACGGCAAGUGAAGAGGAGAAGAAGCGCUUGGAGCGGCAAGUCACGGAGCAGAUGGAGGCCCUGAAAAAGAAGCAACAAGAGUACUCGCGCUUGAAGGAAAUGCGUCAAAGCGAGCGCAAAAGAGUGAAGGAUUUGGAGGUUGAAGUUGCUCAAAUGAGGCAGAGCCAAGCUGAGAUAGACCGGAAGCUUCAGGCAGAGCGGCGGCGUGAGACCCAGCAGAUUGCAGAUCUCCAGCGUCGCCUGACGCGGGAAGGGCAAAGGGUGAAGGAUUUGGAGGCCAAGGUCGCAACAAAGAGCGGCAGUGGCCGAAUCAAUGCCCUGGGCCGGAAAAACUCCACGGUGCCCUCGGGCCGUGGCUACCCUGUAACUCCAAGCUCAGAAUCAGAGCGCAACGGGUCUUCAGCCGGAAAUUCCCGCUGGCAGCGAUUGGAACAACAGUUGGACGAGCAUAUCCGAAUACUGGAGGCAACGCAAGGUCUUGAAGAGGACCUCCGCAAAAGGGAAGCACUGCACAAGAAAAAAGAGCAAUACAUGAACUACCGAAGGAAGAUUGCUGCGAAGGAUCAAGCGGAGCAACAGGAAGCAGCGGAGCGACUGAGCCAGCUCGAGUCCGAAGCUGCCAAGCAGGAGCUCCAGCGCAACGUGCAAAGCAAACGUGCGGAAGGGCUGAGCAUUUUGCAUGACAUCGAUGAGCGGCUGGAGGGCCUUCAGGAUGAGUUGGACUUCAGGGAAGCCCGCAUUUCCAAGGCCCAGCAGUACUUGAGAUCGACUUCUGGUACUGGUCCUGGCUCGCUGGAUGCAGAGCUGGAGCGAAUUCCGGCGGAAGACGGCAAGGAGCUGCUCCGCCGUUACUGCGAGAAGCUCGUAAAGCUGCGGCAAAGAGAGAAGCAGCACUGGCAGCGGCUUGAAGCAGCUGAAGCACAGCUUGCGGAGCGAGCCCGGCAAGUGGCAGAGCUGCAGCAGGUGCUCCGCAGGCAAGACUCCAACGCCACCAAGGCCAUUGCCAGGGUGACCAAGGAGUACGAAGCAAGGAUAAGACAGCUGUUGCGCCAGCUUUCGGCAUCUUUGCCGCAAGAGGGGAGCGCAAGAGGGGGUGCGCAGCAGGGCGCAGAGUCAAGGUCAGAAGAGCCAAGCGUUCUGUCCUCCGGGGAUGCAGAGGAGGUGGAGCAGGUCAAGCGUGACAACCAGUACUACAAAGCUGUCAACCGCGAACUCAAGCGGCGGCUGCGUUCCUUACUGGAGCAGCGUGGGGAGGCGCAGGCUGAUCCCAAAGGCGAGGCAUCGGCACCAGCGACCCCCGCGCGCUUUGUCCCCGAGGACCAAGAUCGGGGCAAAUGA